AGCAUUUCUACAGCAGUGUGAUAAUCUGCCAGGUGAAAUUCCUGUGUACAUGUACUGUACACUCGGUGAUUUAAAGUGAUUCGGAGUGUCUCGAGAAGAAGUUAGGACGUCCGGGUGAUUUCGCAGAAGUUCUGAAAGUUUUUAUGAACCCUAGGACAAAGGAUUGUGGGGAAACGUAUGGGUCCAGAGACACAGGAGUCUGAGGACAUGUACGGGUUGACUCUGGAGACGUAUAGGAGUCGAGUCGGAGGACAUGUACGGGUUGACUCUGGAGACGUACGGGUUGACUCUGGAGACGUACGGGUUGACUCUGGAGACGUACGGGUUGACUCUGGAGACGUACAGGAGUCGAGGCGGAGGACGCGUACGUCUCCAGGGUCGGCUCGUGCAGGAGUCGAGUCGGAGGACGCGUACGUCUCCAGGGUCGGCUCGUGCAGGAGUCGAGUCGGAGGACGCGUACGUCUCCAGGGUCGGCUCGUGCAGGAGUCGAGGCGGAGGACGCGUACGUCUCCAGGGUCGGCUCGUGCAGGAGUCGAGGCGGAGGACGCGUACGUCUCCAGGGUCGGCUCGUGCAGGAGUCGAGUCGGAGGACGCGUACGUCUCCAGGGUCGGCUCGUGCAGGAGUCGAGUCGGAGGACGCGUACGUCUCCAGGGUCGGCUCGUGCAGGAGUCGAGUCGGAGGACGCGUACGUCUCCAGGGUCGCCUCGUGCAGGAGUCGAGGCGGAGGACGCGUACGUCUCCAGGGUCGGCUCGUGCAGGAGUCGAGGCGGAGGACGCGUACGUCUCCAGGGUCGGCUCGUGCAGGAGUCGAGGCGGAGGACGUGUUUGAGACGUGUAGGAGUCUGAGGACACGUACGAGUUGACUCUGGAGACGUAUAGGAGUCGAGUCGGAGGACAUGCAGGAGUCGGGCCCGUGGACGUGCAGGAGUCGUGGUGGAGUGAAUCAGGCCCGGGGACUCUCCGGAGUUAUGGUGGAGUCUGCAAAUAAGAGUGUUUGAUAUUUAAGUCUGGGACAUUUUGGGACACUUGAGUCUGGAAUGUAGGGGUCUGGGGGAAACAUGGUUCUUGGGACAGACGGGUCUAGUCUGGGAUCUAUGUGUCGAGAGACUGUUCAGACAAGAUUGAACAGUUUUGGGGGGGAAAUACUGAUCUGGUAAAUUAUUGUGUAUUAUUCAGGAACAAUUAAACAAAAUGUAAUUAUUAAAGCAGCGUGAAGGACGUGCACUCACUACUCCUGUGUUUGAGUUUUACAGAUUCCUUCAUUUCUUCAUCACGGCUAGUUGGAGUGAAGUGACCUCUGCUUUUAGUUCUGCUCUGUCCCUUACAGACUGCUGUGUCAGAUAUCUCUUCUCUCUCUCUCUCUCUCUCUCUCUCUCUCUCUCUCUCUCUGCCUCUCGGUCUUUUCAUGAAGUAUCAGUUGACACUCUUUCCUAAUCUGGUUCUGAUCACUCAGCUUUAACUACUCACUCUCUCUCUCUCUCUCUCUCUCUCUCUCUCUCUCUCUCUCUCAAUACUGAGCCUUAAGCUCUCCACUAUGGUUUUUUUAUUCCACGUUGCGUUCCACGUGAUUGGCGUUGCUGUUUAAAUGCAUGAGAUUCCAGGUUGUCUCUCGGGUGCUGUGUGCAGCAGGGAAGCC